UGAUUUAAGUCCUGCCAGCUCCUCACAGGCAGUGUAGACAUUUGGGGUGACCAUCAGCUCUUUCUCUCUUCAGUGACCACACCAGCACGCGGGACCUAUUCCAGUGCAAGGCCAGUCUGAGCAGGGGAGUGUUCCUGUUUUAGGCUGCAGGGAAAACUUCAACCAGGCUCAGCAUUUUCUGAGCUGGCUGGGAACACAUUUAGACUCAAUUCUGACACCAGAAGUUUCUUUUCCUCCAGGAGCUGGUCACUCCACUGAUCAGAGACAUGACACAGCCCAAUCAGUCCCUUCACACUCCAUUGUCUACAUCCUUCACCCCAGCUCUGCAGUACAAUACAGGAUGGACAGUCUUACCUAAGGCAACUGCCCCAAACAUUGAGAAGGCGCUGGUAGAAGCGAAGUUGCUGGGGGUGGUCUCUGUGGCCAGGGAAACCCUGGAGAUAGCAUCUAUUGCUGUCACUGGGGACUCUGGCAAUGGCAUGUCUUCCUUCAUCAAUGCACUGAGGGGAAUUGGGCAUGAACAGGAGGACUCAGCUCCCACUGGGGUGGUGGGGACCACCCAGAUUCCCACUUGCUACUUUUCCUCCCACUUUCCCAAUGUGGAGUUGUGGGACCUACCUGGAAGAGGGGCAGGUACCCAAACCCUGGGGAACUAUUUCACAGAGAUGCAGUUUAGUCUGUAUGACCUCUUCAUCAUCUUUGCAUCAGAACAGCUCAGCAGGAAUCUCGUGGAGCUUGCCAAAGCCAUCCAGGGACAGGGAAAGAAGUCCUACAUUGUCUGGACCAAGCUGGACAGGGACAUCAUCACACGUACCCUCUCAGAGGAACGACUCCUGCAGAAUAUCUGAGAGAAUAUUUGGAAAACACUCCAAAAGGAGGAAAUGCACAAACCCAUCAUAUUCCUGGUCUCCAGCUUUGACCCUUUAUUGAAUGACUUCCCAGAGCUUAGGGAUACCUUGCACAGGGACAUCUUUGAUAUCAGGUAUCAUUGUCCUCUAGAGAAACUGUCUGACACCUGUGAGAAGGUCAUUAAUGACAAAGUGACCUCUUUGCGGGGGCAAAUAGCUUCAAAUUCUUUCCAGGACGUCCUUGGCAUCCAGAAUGCAGAUGAUCUGGCAGAGUGUCUGAUGGCCUACCACUUGUUUUUUGGUGUGGAUGAUGAGUCUCUCCAGCUGAUGGCCCAGAGUAUGGGGAAACCUAUGGAGGAGUACAAGGCUAUUAUGAAGUCUCAGGAUCUGCACACUGUCCUCACUGGGGACAGGAUAUUAUCUUUCAUGAAUUGUAAUAUGGCUUCUUACUUAUAUUCAAUUCCGAGACACAUCCCGUUCUUAGGUGAUACAGUUCUCAACUACCUGAGAGUGUGGAAACACAGACACUUCCUUGAAAUAGUUGCCAAGGACACCAGGACCAUCAUGAAGAAAAUCCUCACAGACUCAAUCAUCUGAAGAGCUGUGGUUUCCUCUGGAGGGAAGUCAGGACAUCUGGGGUCCUCUUUUCACACUGUACCCUUCCUGAAUUCUCAAUCAAGCUCAAUAUUUCCACUUUCAUUGGCUCUAAGUUCUUCAAGACAAAUGAGCUGAUUUUCUCAUUUUGAAUCCCUGUUGGGAAACUCUAAAAUUUGUUCUACUUCUGAUCACUUAUUAAAUGAGCCUGGAUCCAAAGGUGAAUGAAAAGAUUUGCUCUGUGACAUACAGUCUCAUUCUGACAUCCCCUUAUCACUUAACAUUAACAUCCAUUCUCCAGACCCUCUUGGUUUCUCAUGUUCCUUCACUUUUCACCUCUGGACUUACAAAGGCAUUCAGAUGCAGAGGGGAGAACAUCCUUUGGGAUGUUCCCUUUGGGGAAAUAUGAUGGAGAAUGUAUGUUUGGCUAUUCUUUGGAAGUUUACAAGACCAUUCUGGUAUUCUGCAAAGUUCUGCCCUUAUACCUCCCCUCACUGAUUGCACAAAAACAUUUAUAUAGGGGAAAAAAAAAGGGAUACAGGAAAUGGACACAAGGGCCAUUGUUACCGGGAAUAGAAAACUGUUGAAUGUAUAAGCAAAUCUGACUAUUGUAAGU